GUGGUGGUGAAUAUUACACAAAAUUGGAUUUAUCUAAUGCAUUCCAGCAAUGCCUCUUAGACGAAGAAUCCCAGCCGAUGACAGCGAUCACGACACACAUUGUGCUUUCCGUUGACAGCAGCCAGUACGGACUGGGCGCCGUCCUCACUCAGAAGCACAUCGACGGCACUGAGCGGCUCGUCAGCUGUGCCUCACGGACUCUCGCGCCAGCCGAACUUAACUAUUCUCAGCUGGACAAAGAAGCUUUGGCUAUAAUGUUUGGGGUUACUAAACAUGUAUAUGCUCAGUGCCAGGCCUGUCGAUCUCAGCGCGCUGCACCACCAUCGGUGCCGCUGCACUCGUGGCCAUGGCCGGAAGAGCCGUGGGCGCGCCUUAAUCUUGAUUUCUUGGGACCGUUUAAUAACAAAUAUUACUUAAUUAUAGUGGACGCUCAUUCAAAAUGGAUCGAGGUGGAAAAAUUGAGCG